AGAAAUGGGGUAGGAUCUUCUGCUGGGGGGGGUUGGACUAGAUGACCUACAAGGUCCCUUCCAACUCUAAAUUUGUAAACUCUGGCCAUGGGACCAGCCAAGAUGGCUCCUAUGCAUCCUUCCUGCUGGUUUGUUCCCCAGUUUGCAGAUGAUGGAAAGGUGCCCUUGGCAAGAUCAAAGCCUUCUCUUCUCCUCUGGCUCCGCCCCUUGUUGGUUUAGCCACACCUCCCGCGAUCUUGCGGACACCUUACCAGAGAAGGAGGGUGGUGGGGCAGGUACUUCUUGCCUCGGCGAGACUUUUGCUCUGCUAUUGGCUGCUUUUAGCCCCAGCCCACCAGCUCGUCCAAUCGCAAGGCUCGAGAUUCUUCUCCGCAUUUCUCCCAGGCCGCUGAGACCGAACCCUUUUUUUUUCUUCCCCACCCUCCUUUGUAAUACUUUUGGCCUUUGCCGGCUGCCGUCCGGACCAAGCGCGAAUCCUCUCCGGCGGGCGAAAGAAACGAGGGAGCCCGGCUUGGCGAUCGGGAAGAACGAAGCUGCACCGGGAAAGGGGGGAGGGGGCCCGCCGGCUCUCUUCCUCCGCCGCCGCGAUGUCCGUCCUCAGCUGGAAGCCGUUCGUCUACGGGGGAUUGGCCUCGCUGGUGGCUGAAUUCGGGACCUUCCCUGUGGAUCUCACCAAAACACGGCUUCAAGUCCAAGGACAAAGCAUUGAUUCCCGUUUCCGAGAGAUCAAGUAUCGGGGCAUGUUCCAUGCCUUGUUCCGCAUCUCCAGAGAAGAAGGCAUUCUAGCAUUGUACUCUGGCAUUGCACCGGCAUUAUUAAGACAAGCAUCUUACGGCACCAUAAAGAUUGGUAUAUACCAGAGUUUGAAACGACUCUUUGUGAACCGUUUAGAAGAUGAAACGUUAUUAAUCAAUGUCAUAUGUGGAGUGAUUUCAGGGGUGAUCUCCUCUGCUUUGGCUAACCCGACAGAUGUAUUAAAGAUUCGAAUGCAAGCUCAGGGCAGCCUGUUCCAGGGAGGGAUGAUCGGAAGCUUCAUAGACAUCUACCAGCAAGAAGGCACACGGGGCCUCUGGAGGGGUGUGGUUCCCACUGCUCAGCGAGCUGCUAUUGUGGUAGGAGUUGAGUUACCAGUCUAUGACAUCACUAAGAAACACUUAAUACUUUCAGGACUCAUGGGAGACACAAUUCUGACCCAUUUUAUUUCCAGUUUUACCUGUGGAUUAGCUGGUGCCAUAGCUUCGAAUCCGGUGGACGUGGUUCGAACCCGGAUGAUGAACCAGCGGGCCAUAGUGGGAAGCGUGGAGCUGUAUAGGGGAACAGUAGAUGGCCUGGUAAAGACUUGGAAGAGUGAGGGUUUCUUUGCACUUUACAAAGGCUUCUGGCCAAAUUGGUUGAGACUUGGUCCCUGGAAUAUCAUUUUUUUUAUCACCUACGAGCAGCUGAAGAGGCUCCCUUUUUAAGAUGCCGGUUUGGAUUGGUCAUCCAGCUGCCCUUCCCGUCCCCCUCCGUUCCUGCAUCUUCAUGUAUUUUUAUUUUUAUUUUGGUCUCCAUGGACUUCGUUUCGCCCUCCCAUGUGCUGAGUGCUCAGUAUUGGGAGGGCGGCUUAAGGGGGGAAGGGGAGGAUGGGUCCACAAAUACAGUAUUCAGAGCCUGGUGCGCGUGCUUUUCCCCGCCCCGCAAGGGAGACGGUGGAACACGGAGGGAGAGCACUUAGGUCUGUGUUUGUAUCUUCCAUGAAGAGAGCUGUGAGUUAAAAACCCUUUUCGUUGCCAUGUGGCUUUUGCAGCAGGCAAUUCCUCUUCCCCCUUUGGCCCGUGCCAGAGGAAAGCGGGAAAGAAGGGUGCUGCUGCAGGCCUCCUUUCAUUGCCAUAAAAACCCCAUUAAACUAUUUAUUGGAA